AUGAGCAGAGAAUUAGCAAAGAAAAAAACAGUAUCAAAGAAGAAAAUAGCAUUUGCACUUUUCUUAUGUGUAUUAAUAAGUAUAUUUGGUGUUCGGUGGUUAACUCCAAGACCUGGCAAGAGGUUUAAACGAAUCCCCGCUAUAAAGAUUAAUAUAAAAUCCAAAUCUAAUGCGGAAAACCCGCAUGAUCAAACACAAGAUGAUUAUUCAAACCAAUCCACUGCGGCGCAAAGAGAUAUACCAAAAGUUGCAUUAUUUGAUGCUUCAAGCAAUCCACAUAAUAGUACACAAAGCAAUAUACCAAGAAACUCUUCAAUUAACCCACACGGAUAUACAUCUGACAAUUCACAUAAUCACACAGUAAAUGAUAUACCAAGAAAUGUACAUGGCAAUGCUGUGCCAAGCGCACCUUUAUUGGAGAAUGAAACCACAACUGCACAAAUGGCGCCCCCUGCGUAUAGUGAUAUUUUCUCAGAAAAUUCAUCAGGGGCAUUUAGCAGUAGUACAUCAAGUCUCCCUCCUUCUUACCAUGAAAUUUACCCGCAUUUAAAUUAAUAUCCAUCAAUUAAUAAAUCAC